AUGUCUUCAUACGUUCUUGGAGCCUUGUGGGCCUGGAACGCCUAUGAUGAGGUUCUGACCAAGAAGCUCAUGAAUAAGGCCAAGCCCAUCCCCCUCCCUGAGGAGCCUAGCUUCAAGAGCACUGAUGUCACCAUCAUUGUCCCUACCAUCAACACUCCUGACACGUUCACCGAUUGUCUUCGUCUCUGGCUUGCCAACAAGCCCAAGGAGAUCAUCAUCGUCACCAUUGAGCGUGACCUCCAGCGCGUUCAUGACCUGGUUAAGCCUGUUAUCAUUGAGGGCGAGGAUCGCAUCAGCGUCAUGACUGCUGACUACGCCAGCAAGCGUGACCAGAUGGUCGUCGGCAUGAAGGAGGCCAAGGGCAAGAUUCUUGCUCUCGUCGACGAUGAUGCCUUCUGGGGCACCUUGGAGACGCUUCCUUACCUCCUGGCUCCUUUUGAGGACCCCAAGGUCGGUGGUGUCACUGGCAAGCAAAGCGCUCGCAUCAGCACCGACCGCCGUAACCCGGCCGUCAUCACUCCCUGGGAGGUCGCUUCCCUCCGCUCCCUCGACAACCAGAACAAUGUCCAGGCCGUCCGCUCCGCUGCCGAUGGCGGUUGCUGGUGCAUGGUUGGCCGCACCAUGAUGGUCCGCACCGACAUUGCCCAGGACCCUCGCUUCAUGGAGGCCAUUACCAACGACAGAUGGAAUGGGCAGCUCAUGAACACUGGUGAUGAUGUGUUCCUCACUCGCUGGCUUAUGAGCGAGAACUGGGACAUUGCCGUCCAGAACGCCCCUCAGGCUGAGAUCACGACUCUUGUCAUGCGUGACUCUGAUCUGCUGUAUCAGAUAAUCCGCUGGCAGCGCAACGCCAUCCAGUCCUUCCUCACGACUGUGAUGUACCAGCCUGGCAUCCGCAAGAUCAAGCAGAAGCAUCCCUACAUGGCUCGCAAGAUGAUCGAGCGUCUUCUUCGCCCUGUCAUUGCCUGGGUCCACAUCAUUGCCUUCUUGAUGUGCCUUGCUAAGCAGUCGCCCAUCGCCUACUUCGUUGCGGGCUACUACAUCUGGGGCUGGUUCCGCACCUACAACGCCUUUGCGCGUCGCUUUCCCUACGUCUCUCGCCAGAUCUGGGCCUGCUUCCUUCUGGACAACGCCCACCCCAUCCUCGACGUCUACGCUUGGCUCACCAUCAGCACCGAGGCCUGGGGCACCCGUGACACCUGA